AUGCCCGGUACCUCAGACAAAGCUCCGGUCCCAGACCAGGCCGAGGCCAAUGCCUUCUUUCCUUCACCUUUCUCCCUGACCAAGUAUGUCUCGCCACAGACGGACUUUGAUGGAGCAAACUACCCCAAUGCUUAUAAAGGCGGCAAGUGGAAGGUUCUCCUCAUCGGAACUCAGGAGCGGUACCUCAAAAUGGCCGGAGGCGAGUUCUUCUCCACGGGGAAUCAUCCCGUGGAAAUGCUUCUGCCGAUGCUCCACCUCGAUGCCGCCGGCUUUGACAUUGACAUUGCGACGCUCUCGGGAGACCCAGUCAAGCUGGAGAUGUGGGCCUUCCCACAAGAGGACACGGCUGUCAAGCAAAUCUUUGAAAAGUACAAAGAGAAGAUCCGUAGCCCCCUCAACCUCCAAGAAGUGUGGGGCAAGGGCUUCACCAAGGACACUGAAUACCUCGCCGUCUUCGUCCCCGGCGGGCAUGGCGUGUUGAACGGCGUGCCGUUCUCGGAAACUGUUGGCCACGUCCUCCGCUGGGCCCAUGACAAUCAGCGUUUCUUCAUCACCUUGUGCCACGGCCCUGCCAGCAUGCUCGCCGCCGACUUGGGCAAGCCCAAGGGCAGCAAGUUCAUAUAUGACGGGUAUUCAAUCGACGUCUUCCCGGAUUCCCUGGACAAGGAAGCCAACGUCGAUAUUGGGUAUAUCCCCGGCAAGAUGGCUUGGUUUGUGGGCGAGCGGCUUCGCAAGCUUGGUGUCACGCCCCUGAAUAAAGACAUCACCGGAGCGACGCACCAAGAUCGGCUUGUUUUGACUGGCGAUUCGCCGCUGGCAUCAAACAACCUUGGCAAGCUUGCGGCAAAAACGCUGCUCGCUGAAGUUGAGAGGCUCUCUUAA